CGAAUGCAAAAUGAAAGAGAAGAGCUUUCGUGCGCUUUGCAGUUAGUGACCGAUAAACUGCAGGCUUUUCGUGAGCUUUCCGCGUACACCCUGACCGCGUCGUUUCCAUCGAGUGUGUGAGUGAAAACUUCCCGUUUCUUGUGUUGUGAUCAAUUCGUUAAAUCGGUUUUGUGUGAUGUGAUAGUGUGUGCAUUUUAAUUUGGAUUACACUCCCCCAGUUCACCCUCCAAUUUCAUCUAAUGGUAUGAUUCCGCCCUCCAAACAAAUUUCUUCAGGUGGGAGUUGCCAUGGACGGUCCACGAGCCCUGGAUGUGAUGACGCUUCUGCAAGAGCGGCUGGCGCUCCUGAGCGGGGGGCGGGACCUCCGCGGCGGCCCGGUCCUCACCUUCCCGGCGACCCCCCGCCGGGAGCGCGCCAAACCUGACGACUACCGCCGCCUCCUCCAGUACCUCACCGCCAUACCCUCGCAAGAUGCCAAAGAACUGGGAUUCACCGCCAUCGUGGAUAUGCGCGGAUCCACCUGGUCCACCGUGAAACCAAUUUUAAAAGUACUCCAGCAGCAUUUCCCGGGUCUAGUCCACUCUGCCUACAUUAUCAAACCGGAUAAUUUUUGGCAGAAACAACGAACCUCUCUAGCCAGUCAUAAAUACAAAUUUGAAACCAAUAUGAUUAGCGUAGAAGGAUUACCAAAAAUCGUUGAAACGUCCCAAUUGACAUCAGAUCUAGACGGCACUCUACACUAUGAUCAUGCUCAGUGGAUCGACUUAAGACUGAAUUUAGAAGAUUUCUUAUGGCAAGCAGCAGACUUACUGGAUCAGAUGGAUGAUCUCCAGGAAGAUUUAAGCCGCAAUGAUUUUGGCGAAGAUGCUGUCCUAACCAAGCAUGCGUUAGAAUUGCACGAGGAUAUGAAAAAGAAAAUCUUAAAAGCCCCGCUCAAAGAUAUAAAUUUAUUAGGGCAGCGCCUUUUACAAAGGUUGUCAGCUGACAAUAAUAGUGGUUAUGACUCAGGUUACUCAGGUAGAGAUAGUGAAGCAAGCUCAGGGGUGACAAACCCAGAUCUCCAAGCAUCAGUGCCUCAAAUUCUUCAAAACUUAGAAUCAGUUAGGAACUCACAGAAUCAAUUGCUCCAGUUAUGGCAGCAUAAAAAAUUAAAGUUAGAGCAAUGUUAUAGACUUAGGUUGUUUGAACAAGAUUGCGAGCAGAUGUUCGAAUGGAUUUGCCGCAAUCGUGAUUUAUUUUUAAAUAAUUAUGUUGUGAUUGGGAAGUCGUAUCAACUUGCCAAGGAACUUCAAGAAGAGCAUAAUCAUUUCACCAUUAAAUCAAUGGAUGUACAUGUACACAUUAGCCAUAUCUUAGCUGCUGCGGCGGGUAUGAUCGAGAGUGGUCACUACGCUGUUCAGCAUAUUCGUGCCGUAUCAACACGUUUGGAUCGAGCGUGGAAGGAAUUCGCUGCUAGUCUAGAUGAAAGAACAGCCGUCUUAGCGCUGUCUGUUCUUUUUCAUCAUAAAGCUGAACAAUAUGUUGAAAAUGUUUCGGCUUGGGAACAGGCUUGUGAAAAUAUGAAUAUUCCGAGCGAUAUCAUAUCUCUAGAAACCUCUAUACAUCAACACCAAGCCCUUUAUGAGUCCAUGUGCCAAGCAUACACAGAGGUUUACAACUCUUACCAAAGUUUACUCAACGGAUUAGAUUUACUAGUUCAAGCGUGUCUGGGCUUUCCUCCGCCCCCCAGCAAACCACCAUACAUUCAUUUCGGCGGAGGUGGACACCAUCCUUUCAGCAAUAAAAGCGUGCAUAGUACAAGUAAAAAAUUGCUCUACCAGCUUGAUCAUUUAGUUCAGAUAUGUAACCAAACAUCCAUGGACCAAGUUAACCGCAAGCAUGUGGACAGUGGGCACUCGGACUCCUCCUCAAGCAUAGGGAGCCGACACGCAAAUCCGGCAGCAGAUUACUCGGAAGGGGCUAAGCAUGUGUUGAGUGUCAUUCACGAAAUUCUUGAUCAUCAUCGCCGCUUGGAACACAAGUGGCAUUCAAAGAAAAUCAAACUACAUCAAAGACUUGCCCUUCGACUGUUUCAAGAAGAUGUGAAACAGGUCUUAGACUGGUUAGCAAAUCACGGUGAAGUGUUCCUUAGGAAAAAUACUGGUGUCGGCCGAUCUCUUGCCAAAGCUCGCAUGUACCAGAAGAGUCACCAACAUUUUGAAAACGUUGUUCAGAAUACCUACACGAACGCGGAGAAGCUGCUAACAGCGGCCGAGGAGCUGGCCCGAACGGGGGAGUGCAAGGCGGACGAGAUCUAUUCGGUGGCGCACGAGCUCGAGGCCCACGUCACCUCCUUCGCCGCCCGCGUCCAGAGCCGCAGGAGACGCAUCGAUCUCGCUGUUCUCUUCUACUCCAGGGAGAAAGAAUUGGAAACAUGGCUAGAAGAACUGAGAAGUGAGCAUGAAGGAAGGAAUGUGGUGGCGGCUGAAACUCUAGAUGCAGCAGAGGUGGCGCUAGAACAGUGUUCUACUCAAAAAGAUUCCUGUCUAGAUGCGUGUGUGAAUACCAUAAGCCAAGGAGAAACACUUCUCCAAGAGCUCAGAGCUGUCGGCUUGACAAGGGAAAUGGAUUCAACUGGCUCGGUGGCUGCUGUAGAAUCUGCUUUAGAUAGACUCGGUAAAACUAGAGAAGAACUCGAAGAACUGUGGGCUUCUCGCAAACUUAGGCUAGAUCUCUGUCUCAGGCUGCGGCUCUUCGAAAGAGAUGCUCUAGAGUUGUCAUCGCAGCUCGAAGUGUGGUCAGGAGAACUCUCGCAGCGAGAAUUGAGUGAGGAGCGUGUUCAGGCUGAGAAUCUGUUGGCAGUACACAACAAUAGAGUCUCUCAUAUUCAAGCCACUGUUUUUCAAGUUUUGGAGCAAGGUCAAGAACUAGCUCAGUUAUUUGAAACAUCGGGUGUAGCAUUGAUGGCAGAUAGUCAGUACUCCGCACAGACACGAGUUCAGGUCCUUCUUGAGUUUUUGCAUGAAAAAGAAAUGGACUUGGAAGACCUAGCAGAAAUGAAGCGAGUUCAAUUGGAACAGUGUGUUCAGCUCUGCACUUUCAAACAAGAUGCGCAUCAUGUUGUCAGUUGGAUUAAUAAUGGUGAAUCCAUGCUCUCUGCUAGUUUUAUUAUUCCGACAUGUUUGCGGGAAGCAGAAACUCUCAAAAAAGAACAUGAACACAUCCAAGUUGUCAUAGAACGGACGCACACUCUUGCAGUGGAAGUAAAACACCAAGCAGAAACUCUGAUCAACAACAACCAUUACGAUCCUGGUUUUAUCCGAGAGACAGCUGAAUCAGUGACAAAACAGUGGCAACAGCUCGUCACAUCUGCAGAAGAGAGACAUAAAUUAGUUAUGGCUAGUCUUAAUUUUUACAAAACUGCGGAGCAGGUUUGCUCUGUGUUGGAUAGUUUAGAAAGGGAAUAUAAAAGAGAUGAAGACUGGUGUAACAGCGGGAGCGAUAAACUAGCUCAACUAAUUACCAAGCAUCAAGAACAAAAAGAAGCUUUCCUAAAAGCCUGUACUUUAGCCAGGCGUACUGCUGAAACGUUCCUCAAGUAUACUAACCGUAGUUUGCAGUAUUAUAACUAUUCAGGGCCGGAUAGUGGAUCUGAAAGUAGAGUUAAGGGAAUCUUAGAUAAGUUAUUGAGCCAAGAGAACAAAGUUCUUGAGCAUUGGAGCAGUAGGAAACGACGAUUGGAUGAGUGUCAGCAGUUUGUUUUGUUCGAGCACUCAGCGCAACAAGCAGUUGACUGGAUUCAUGAAACCGGAGACGGCUAUCUUAGCGCCCAUACAUCAGUUGGCUCCACAAGAGAAGAAACAGAGCGACUCUUGGCAGAACACAACGAAUUCAAAGCAACCGCUAAAGAAACACGUGAGCGUGUCAAGCUUCUCAUGCAGCUAGCAGAUAAUCUUGUUGAAAAAGGUCAUGCUCAUGCUGCUGACAUCAAGCAAUGGGUUGCAGCUGUCGAUUGUAGAUACAAAGAUUUUAGUUGUCGAAUGGACAAGUAUAGAUCUGAACUGGAAGGAUGUCUGGGUAUAAAAGCCAUUCCUGAAAGCCGCCAAGAAUUAUCCAUUGACCACAACUCAGACCCCUCUCUCGAUAUGAAAGUGAAAGAAUCGGCUAAAGAAUUGAAAGGAAUGAAUGAAGAAAAACGACGAUCAGCAAGAAGGAAAGAGUUCAUAAUGGCUGAACUCCUCCAGACUGAACGUACCUAUGUGAAAGAUCUCGAUAUUUGCAUCAAAGUUUUUCUUGACGGCAUGUUAUCGGAAGCAAAUGUUCCUCCGGCUAUUCAAGGACGUGAGAGCAUAAUAUUUGCUAAUAUUCAAGAUAUUCGCAAUUUCCACCGUGAGGUGUUCUUAAAGGAAUUAGAAAAGUAUGAAACUAUGCCAGAAGAUGUUGGCCAUUGUUUCGUCACUUGGGCAACUAAAUUCAACAUGUAUGUAAAGUAUUGCAAGAACAAACCGGAAUCAAAUUCUCUACUUGUCCAACAUGGCGGUGGCUUUUUUGAAGAACUUCAGAAAAGACAUUGCGUGGAGCACCCCAUAGCCGCAUAUCUUAUCAAACCAGUGCAGAGGAUAACAAAGUAUCAGUUGUUGUUAAAGGAUUUGUUAUCUUGUUGCGAGGAAGGUCAAGGAGAAAUUAAGGAUGGUCUUGAAGUAAUGUUAAAUGUACCAAAAAAAGCGAAUGAUGCGCUCCAUUUAUCAUUAUUAGAAGGUUGUGAUAUUAGCUCAGAUGAAUUGGGAGAAGUCGUUCUUCAAAAUUCACUCCAUGUUUGGGAUCCCAAGCAACUUAUACGCAAAGGACGCGAGAGGCACUGCUUCCUAUUUGAACUGUACCUAGUUUUCAGCAAAGAGGUGAAGGACUCCUGCGGCAAAGCUAACAAAUAUCUGUAUAAAUAUAAACUAAUGACAUCUGAGCUGGGUGUGACAGAACAUAUCGAAGGAGAUGAGUGCAAAUUCGCUGUUUGGACUGGUCGGGCUCCAAUAUCAGACUACAAAAUUGUAUUAAAAGCAUCAUCACUAGAAAAUAAACAAAUUUGGGUCAAAAAGCUAAGAGAGGUCAUACAAGAAACAUACUUCUCUUCAGCCCUUCAUCUUAGUAUGCCUAAAAGUCCUGCUAAACACAAAUCGAACAACCAUCGUGCCAGCAGAGAUCUCGAAGAAACAACAUCACUAGAUGAAAGUCAAGAAAACUUAGAUCGGGGUUCCUUGACUUCUUUUGGGUCGGGCAACACUACUGACUCUGACAAGACUGGGCCAGCAGCGGAAACGACGUGGGUGAUCGCGGACCACGUGGCGGCGGCCGGUAGCGGGGAGCUCUCGGUGGAGAAGGGGCAGCAGGUGGAGGUGGUGGAGCUGCGGGCCCCCGACUGGUGCCUCGUCCGCCACACCCCCGCCCCCUCGAGCCAGCCGCCCUCCGGCGCCGCCCCCGCCCCCGCACCCACCCUCGAGGGGCUCGUGCCCCUGGCCGUCCUCAAGACCCCACCGGCCCUCGCCACCACCAUCUCCAAGACUGUCCAACCCACCUCGCCGUCCAAAAGACUCCCCUCCGAAACGGAAUUAGAUCCGUCAUCAAGUGAAGGCGGAGCGACGAUAGCCAGCUCACCUGUAAACAAGAGAAGAGGUUUCGGCGGGCGCAAGUGGAUUCCAACUCAAUUCCGGAAGUUAAGUCAAGGGAAAGUUGACAAAAACUCAAGUUCCAGUUCUAGUUCCAAUAACAAUACUGGAGCUCCUGAUCGACCCCCAUUGAAGAAAUCAAGCUCUGAUAAAAGAUUCAAAUCCCCAGUUGGUGGCGAAGUUACCAGUAGCAAAUCCGCGCCGGAUGAGGAAUUGUGUAGAGAAACGACCGGUGAAGAAGAAGAAGAUGAACUAGAAUUACCUCCACCCAUGAAACCAAUUUCAGAACCAAUAGUCAUGCCUUCUGACGAAACUCAAGCUCAGCGGACCUCUGCGUUAUCAGUCGAAGGAGCAGCAUCCACAGAUUUUGCCGAAAUAGAGCAAAUCUUUUUGUGUAGCAAAGAAAGAAUGGAGCAGCAAAAUACAGAUAGGAAUUCAAAACUUGGUAGUGGCGAGUCGACGCAGGAGUCUGAAGAGUCUGCGCUUCACAAAAGAGAGUAUGUGAUUCGAGAGCUUAUAGAAACAGAAAGAGAUUAUGUGAGGGACCUGGCACUUAUCGUUGAAGGUUACCUAAAAUUAAUGCGAGAUCCAGACUGUGAGAUCCCCAUGCCGGAGGACUUACGCGGCGGAAAAGAUAAAAUGGUGUUCGGUAACAUUGAAGCAAUUUACGAAUGGCAUAGGGAUGUAUUUUUAAAGGCUUUGGAAAAGUGCUUACAUAGCCCAGAAGAAUUAGGUCCUCUAUUUAGCCGAUGUGAACGAAAGCUUCACAUGUACGUUGUAUAUUGUCAGAACAAACCUGUGUCUGAGUUCAUAGUUUCAGAACACAUUGAUACAUAUUUUGAGGAUCUUAGGCAAAAGUUGGGGCACAAACUACAAAUAUGUGACCUUCUCAUCAAACCAGUUCAAAGGAUAACAAAGUAUCAGCUACUCCUGCGAGAUUUGUACAAAUAUGCUGAAAGGGCCGGUCUGGCGGCAGAAGUCAAAUCCUUACAAGAGGCGACACGUGUCAUGCAAGUAGUUCCUAAAAAUGCCAAUGACAUGAUGGAUGUUGGUCGACUCCAAGGCUUUGAUGGCAAAAUAACAGCGCAAGGAAAACUGCUGUUGCAUGGAGUCCUAGUAUGUGCAGAAAACCCGUUACCUGGAACCUUCAAAGGCAAAGAACUUCAAGUAUUCCUGUUCGAACAGAACAUAAUCUUUAGUGAGGCUGUAGGCAAAAAGACUCAAUUUACAAGUCCUGUCUAUAUAUACAAAGCACAUAUUCAAGUAAAUAAAAUGAACCUAGAGGAAAAAGUUGCGGGAGACGAUGCAAAUGAGCUGUUCUUAGUACGGUCGACAGACCCACGGAAACCUGCAAUGUGCUACGUUUGUCAGGCAUCUAGUCCAGAGGCUCGGAACGAAUGGGUCCAAACACUGAAAGAAAUUCUGCAGACCCAGCGGGACUUUUUAAAGGCAAUACAGUCUCCGAUUGCUUAUCAGAAGGAACUUACGAAGGACGUCUGAUGAACAAAAAGCAAUAGUGAUUUGUGUUCGUCAAAAGGUACCGAGUUACUUUUGAUAUCAAAUUGAAAGAUACCAUGUUACUUUUGAUGACCCAAGACAAAUAUUGAGUUGUUGUGAUAUUAAGUUAAUUGUAUAAAAUGCCAUUAGUUAUUAGUGAUAUGUUUUUCCUUUACACAAGAAGUCUUGCAAUCCUUUGUCAAAGGCUGCAGAAACUUCUGGUUUCAAAUCUAAGUUAACCUGAAUCUCUAUUGAAAUGGAAGUUUGUAAUGUCAUUCAGAUCAAAAUUUUAAAAUCUUGUUGUUUUGUUCAUUUGUUCUUGUAUUCACUGUGUCAUCUUAAAAAAUGAUUUUUCACUUUUGAAUUAGCUCUUUAUUCUAUUAGCCUAUCCUCAAAUUUUGGGAACCAAAUUUUUGCUUUUUUGCUGUCUACUACUUUAUUUGAGGAGAUAAUUAAGUGUGUGAAUAACGACGUAACUAUAAUUUAUUAUUCUUCGAGUAUUAUUUAUUAGAUCAAAAAUUCUUUUCUUGAUUUUUUUUUUAAAAAAAGAAAACCUAGUAUUUAUUUUUUUAUAAAUUUGAUUCUCAUUUAUAUUGACACAAUUUUUCAAACCUAAGCUCUCCUUAUUUUUUUCAUUUGUAUCCUAUUUCCUCACCAUACGUUAAUUUCUUUCCUGCCGUCCAGUUUGAGAGUUGUUUUCUGAACCAUUAUUUUAUCAUCAUCAUCACGGAUUUCUGUAACUUCUAAUUCCACUAGUUACCUGUCGUAUUCAGCGUCAAGAAGAUCCAUUGAGAAAAGUUUUUACUCUAAUAAUUAUCUAUAAGUAAUUGAUUUGAAUUUACAGAUACAAUUCCAACCUUUUAUAUCAUUACUUUCCUAAAAUUGACAAUUUUGAAAUUAAAACUGUAAAUACCUAUUAAGGCAAGACUUUGUAAACAUUUUGAUUGAACCAUGAGAUAAUGGUUUCCUGUUAGGACAAAACUAUAUUGUAUGCAACGCUCUGAAGCAUAUAUUAUGCUUUGAAAGGUUUCGACAUUCGUUGAACAAAUUCCUCAAUUGUAUUUAUAACCUGUAAAUAACUUGUAAGUUUGUAAUUUAGCUUACGUGACUCUAGGCAAAAUUUUUAUUUGAUAAAUCAGAGCAGUAGCUCACUCUAUUUUAUUCUACAAAUCAAUACAUAAGUGUUAACGGCGCAGAUCAGGGCUUGUACAGUUCAACUGAAGUUGAAAAAUUGUAUUCUAUCGAGGAAAAUUUGGCAAUGGACAAAGGCUCCUACAGCAUUCUUCCUUACCACAGUGUGAAGUAAUAUUCAGACCCAAAACAGAUGAGUCGCAGUGAGAUUCAACUGCUCUUUUUUCGAUUUGACCCAAGUAUGUUAGCCUUAAUUGAACUGUGCUAAUCCGGUUCUACCGCUGACUUUUUUUUUUAAGUGUAUACUUGUAAUUUAUAGUGCCAAAAUUAUGUUCUUAAAAGUUGGAUCUGAGGAAAGUGUACUAGAAUUUUGUUGAGCAGGAAAAGGAUCUCAGUGAAAGUGAAGUAAUUGAAUUUAACUAGAUUUUAAUGAUUUUGACCAUGUCUUUUAAAUUCACUCGCUGGAGACACUCUCAUUUUGCAGAGUUUGUGAUUGUUUUGUAUCCUGAUCAUUUUAAGUGACUAGAUUCUAGUUUUUCUUUCUUAAUAAAGACCCUAACAUAAUUUCAGUA